AGUGGUUCAUCUGAGACCGAUGUGCUUCUGUCGUGGGGUCAGGAGACGCGUGAGCACUACGGCACCACUAAGCACCGAGCGGUGAUUUGUUUAGUUCAAAAUGUGGCCUGCGUUGGUGGGGGACGAACCCAUCCCCCUGAGAUCCCCGCGAAACAGGCCAAAAUUGCCAAAUUACGAACGCAAUUCGCCAAGCCAAAUUCACGGAAUAUCUGAAACCCGCGAUUCCAUUUUCGGUGCGUGCUCCACACCAGCUUCGAGAUGGACGAAACAGCAGGAGCACCUGCAUAAAUGGAAAUUGUCAAAUGAUAAUCUCGAAGCCCAAAUCGGAACACACCCUACUCCUCCAGAUUUGGGCUCCAACCGACCCGACCCCGCAUCCACGCCGGCGCGCCACGCCCCCGUCCCCCGCACCGACGCCCACGCUCCCCAAGCGGCGAGGCGCCGGCGCGCCCUCCCCACCGGCUCUGCCGUUCCGCUGUUCCCAUCCCGCCGACCCGCCCCGAUCUCCGUCCCUAACCCCAACCCCACCACCCGCACCCACCAACCCACCAAGCGACGGGACGCGGCCGCAGCGCCCCUCUAACCUCCCUCGCUUCCGCUCCACGCCGCCCGCCCGCCGCCUGCCUGCCUGCGUAAUCCUGCGCGGCCCCGCGAUCCCGCUCUCCCCGCGGCCCAGAUCUGGUGGCGCCUCGCCGCUCGCGCGCGCGCGUUCACGGGGGGAAGCGCAGGCGGCCGCCCGGUCGGGCCGGUCGAUGGUUUCGGCCGCGGCGCAGGCGGGCGUGGUCGCGGCGUGCGUCGUGCUGUUCGUGCCCAUGGGGCUGGCGGGGUGGCACCUCAGCCGCAACAAGGUGCUCUUCUUCUCCGGUGCGCUUUUCGUCUCGCUCGCCGUCGGGGUCCACCUCUCCCCCUACCUCCCCUCCGUGCCCCACCUCCUCGCCACCUCCUUCUUCGUCCCCGGCCCCGGCGCCGCGUCUGCCGCCGCCUCCUCCUCCGGGUCCUCCUGCGUCCCGUUCCUGCACCGCGUGUCGUGGUCUGACGCCGCCUCCGCCGGCGCCGCCGCUAACGGCUUGGGAGGCGGGACGGCGCGGACGUGGUCGUGGCCGCCCUCGCUGGCGUCCGCCUGCGGGUUCGCGCGGCUGUCGCGCGACGACGCGUCGCUGCUGCUCAACGGGUCCUGGGUGAUGGUGGCCGGGGACUCGCAGGCGCGGCUGCUCGUGCUCGCGCUGCUGCGCCUCCUGCUCGACCCGGCCGCGGCGGCGGCCGCCGAACCGGAGCUAUUCCGCCGCCACAGCGACUACCGCGCCGCGGUGCCGGCUCGGGGCAUCUCCGUGGACUUUGUCUGGGCGCCCUUCGAGAGCAAUCUCACGCGGCUGCUCCGCGAGGAUCUGCGCCUUGCGCCGCGCGUCCCCGACGUGCUCGUCCUCGGAUCCGGGCUCUGGCACAUGCUCCACGUCACGGACGCCGCGAGCUACGGCGAUGCACUGGCGUCAGUCGCGGGCGCCGCCAAGUCGCUGCGCUCGCCGCUACCAGUGCCGCCGCCGCAUAUGUUCUGGCUCGGCCUGCCGCACCUAGUGAACCACAUGCUCAACACAGACGCCAAGAGGGCACACAUGAACGGCACCAUGCUGCGCACCUACGACCACGAGGUCGAUCAGAGGGGCCUUGUUCGUGGUGAUGGCGGCCCAUUCCUACUGCUUGAUGUGGGGAAGCUCACACAGGGGUGCGGGCAGCACUGCACGGCUGAUGGAAUGCAUUAUGAUGGAGAGGUGUACGAUGCCGUGUUGCAUAUCAUGCUCAAUGCAUUGGUCAUUGAGUCACAACAAAGGAUUUGAGUGGGUGGGGGUUCUUGAACAGGUUUGUCCCCACCCCCUAUUCUUUUGGUCCGUUACAAUAUACGGGUAACUAGAAAUUAUUGUGAACUAGGAAGGUUCUUUGAUUCCUUCAAUGUUUUGGUUGCUUGCCAGAAGUCACCCUUGGAUUGCUCAACCUUAGAUUGUAAAAUAGUAACAUCUUAGAACCACACUGUUAUUUGCUGAAUGGCAAAACCGAGCUGGUUGUACUGUAUACUUUUUGUUGGGAAAUAACUAAGAUGGUGAUUCUGACAUGUAGAUUGUGGGAUACUAAGAAAUAGUCACCUUUCCGAUUUGGCAAUAGGAUGUGUCUUCUGUCUUCAUUGUGGUAAAUGCAAAAACUUCUCUGAAUCUCGCAAUGAUGCUCCCAGCCUGGAACCAUUGAGUUAAACCAAUUUUGAUAAAUGAUCUAUCUAUACAUGUCAAAUUUUAGAUCAAUUGGACUGUAACUGUACUAUACUACUAUUUCCUCUUAAUAUAGUCAAAUGCCUUUCAUCACUAGUUCUAAGAUUUGUGUUGUUCCGAUCUCUAAGCCUAUGACUAUGCUGCAUGCUGAAUGGUCGUCGAAUAGAGUGUCGCAAUGACCAUACUGUAUGUAAAGAUUAUGCCAAGAGUGCAACUGAUGUUCUAGAAAUGCUUAAUACUACAUCAAUGUGCCACUAUAAUCCUCCUGUUCUAGAAUGAAUGCCCUAAUGUGUCACUACUGUUCAGAAGAAUGAAGAUGUAGUUAUUUUUCUUCAGUUAGUCUCUGGUCUUCAGUGCACACCUUUAGUUAUCAAUAAUCAGCUUCAGCCAAAACUAUGUUUUCGAUGUAUCAAAAAUGUCUUACAAUGAGCUGUAGACAUUUGGAGCUCAUUACAUUGUAUUGUGAAUCUUGCUUUCUCUUUUCUUCUUUAUUCCAAGAUUUAGUGUUCUCAUUUUGUAAGCUGCAAACUAGUGUUACCGGAAUCUGUAUCUAAUUGAAACAGAUGCUCCACAAUUCAUCCAUCCUUCAUUGCUUGAUAAAGUACUACAGAAAAAUCCCAA